AUGAGUGUAGCAUGGUUGGUAGCAACGCGGCCACGCUCUCUGGCGCCGGUAUUGGCUCGUCUCAGCCUUCGCCUGCUAUCUUCUAAGCCCCAACCUCAGCCUCUCCUCACACUCGCCAUUGAGUCCUCAUGCGAUGACACGUGCGUCACAGUGCUGGAGAAGGACCAUGACGCCGACCAUGGAGCAGCGCGCCUCCUCUUUGACAAGAAGAUAACAUCCGACAACCGGCAAUUUCGGGGCGUAUGCCCUAUGACUGCCGUUGCGUCGCAUACCCAGCACCUCGCGGGGAUGUUGCGGGAGGCUAUGCGCGCGCUUCCUGACGCGGGGCUGGUAGAGACGAGAGACGAGGCUGCGGGCGGGGACGUGGUUUGGGUUGAUGGUCAGCCACGUAGAAAGCCUGAUUUCGUUACGGUCACACGCGGCCCGGGCAUGAUGUCGAACCUAGCGACGGGUCUCAACACAGCUAAGGGGCUCGCCGUCGCCUGGGGUGUACCGCUAUUGGCCGUUCAUCACAUGCAGGCACACGCGCUGACACCACGACUAGUCAGCGCGCUCGAGGCUGGGAAGCAGAAGAGCGUGCAGCAGGAAGGACAGCCGAGGGAACAGGUACCAAUAGGAGUUAAAGAAGAGAAAAAAACCCCAAACCAGGACUCAGCAACUCAACCCACAUUGACCCCAGCCUUCCCCUUCCUCUCCCUCCUAGUCUCCGGCGGCCACUCCCUGCUCGUCCUCUCCCGCACUCUAACCAACCACUCUAUCCUCGCCGAAGCCCAAAACAUCGCCAUCGGGGACAUGCUCGACAAAUGCGCACGAGACAUCAUUCCCGCCUCCGAACUCGCCGGCGGCAAUGGCGUCAUGUAUGCCGCGCACCUGGAGCGCUUCGCCUUCCCAAACGGCCCGUCCGACUACGCGUACACCCCACCCUCCACGCGCGCGGAAGAGAUCAAGAUCUAUGAUCCCGGGUUCGGCUGGAAGCUUACCCCGCCUCUCUCCGAGUCUGUUAAUAUGUCGUUUGAGUUUGCGGGGUUGAACGGGCAGGUCAUUAAGGUUAUGCUGGAGAACCCGGAUAUGGAGCUUGCGGAGCGCCGGCUUGUUGCUCGGCAUACGAUGCGCUUGGCUUUCGAGCAUUUGGCGAGUCGGUUAUUGCUUGCUCUUUCCAAGAGCGGGGUAGCGGUUGAGGGGGAGGCGGAGGAUAGGACGCUGCUGCGCAAUGUCCGUACGCUUGUCGUGGCUGGUGGUGUCGCUAGUAAUCGUUAUCUGAUGCAUAUUCUACGCAGGAUACUCGAUGUCCGUGGUUAUAGCAAUAUUGAGCUUGUAUGUCCGCCAUUACCGCUAUGCACCGACAACGGUGCUAUGAUAGCUUGGACCGGUAUGGAGAUGUACGAAGCGGGUUGGCGGAGCGAACUAGAUGUUCUUGCUAUUAGGAAGUGGCCUCUUGAUCCGAAUUCUGAGAAUGGUGGUAUUCUAGGAGCUCCGGGCUGGACGAAUGUCGACCAAAUGAGGUCAUGA